AUGUCGUCAAAGGAAGCUUCCAAGAGUAAGGACAAGGAUAAGUCCAAGGUCCAUAAGCUCUCCCUCAAGGGCAGCGCUCGUCUUGUCGCUGAAUUUUUUCAAUAUUCUAUUCACAGCAUUCUCUUCCAACGAGGUGUCUAUCCCGCCGAGGACUUUACAGUCGUUAAGAAAUAUGGCCUCAACAUGCUGGUCUCGGCCGAUGACCAAGUAAAAGCCUACAUCAAAAAGAUCAUGUCCCAGCUCGACAAAUGGAUGGUCGGCGGCAAGAUCUCCAAGCUCGUCAUCGUCAUCACAGACAAAGACACAGGCGAGCACGUCGAGCGCUGGCAAUUCGACGUCCAAAUCUUCCAACCCGUCAAGAAGUCCAAGUCCUCCAAGUCCUCCUCCAAAGACCAAGAAAACGCCGCUCCCGCUGGUUCCGCGCCCACAGCCCCCGAAAAGACAGAAACAGAAAUCCAAGCCGAAAUCGCAGCUAUCUUCCGCCAGAUCACCGCAUCUGUUACGUUCCUACCUCAGCUCAGCGGCGAUUGCACAUUUAACGUCCUCGUUUACGCUGAUGCGGAUAGUGAGGUCCCUGUUGAGUGGGGUGAUUCGGAUGCGAAGGAGAUUGAGAACGGAGAAAAGGUGCAACUGAGGGGAUUCAGCACGGCGAAUCACCGUGUUGAUACCUUGGUCAGCUAUCGAUUUACUGACUGA